AUGCCAGAUGCAGCCUCGGCUUGGAUACUAGAUCUUCUUCAGUCUCCACUCCAAUUACCAGGUAGCCCUGUUUCUCCAGUCGAAUCGGCAACAGCGGGAGCUCUCGGGGAAGACGGCUUUGGUAGUAUGGUGGUGGGCUGGCCAACACCGUUGCCUCUGGGUAACAUCGCGGAAUAUGGAAAAGUGAGGCAUCAGAAUCUCUCAGUCUCUAAUGAAAUCCUUCAAACCUUUUCCAGUACUAAUAUAUUUUUGAAAGCAUCAUUCCAAAUAACGGGUUUCAGUGAGAAAUUGGACGCUUCACUGCAAGUAGAUAUUGUACAAUAG